CUCCGAGCGAUAAGAACGUUCUCGGCCGAUACCACUCUAUAAGCUGAGCCCCUCCUCCUCCUCCUCCUCCUCCAUCUCGACAUCAACUCACUUCCUGCACUCAAUUGAACAAACAACAUGUCGCUUCCUACUACAAAGCUUGGAUCAAAGGGCCCUGAGGUGUGCGUCCUCGGUUUCGGCGCGAUGGGAAUCUCCGCUUACUACGAGACGCUGCUCAACGACGAGCAGGCCUUCGCCGUCCUUGACAAGGUCGUCGAAUCCGGCGUCACUUUCCUCGACACCGCGCGCAUCUACAACGACAACGAGCUCCUCAUCGGACGCUGGUUCAAGGCCCGGCCGGGCGUGCGCGAGAAGCUCUUCCUCUGCACCAAGUUCGGCAUCAAGACCGACGGAUCGGGAUUCCUUGCCUCGCCCGAGUACAUCAAGCAGAGCUUGGACGAGUCCCUCGAGCGAUUGGGCGUCGACUCCAUCGAUCUCUACUACCAGCACCGCAUGGACCCCAACACCCCGGUCGAGACCGUGAUGAAGACGCUCAAGGGCUUCGUCGAGGAGGGCAAGAUCAAGUACAUUGGACUGUCCGAGUGCUCCGCCGCCACCCUCAGACGCGCGUGCAAGAUCCACCAGGUGACCGCCGUGCAGAUCGAGUACUCGCCCUUCGCCGUCGAGGCCGAGAAGAACGGUCUGAUCGAGGCCUGCGCCGAGCUCGGCGUCGGUGUCGUCGCCUACUCGCCUCUCGCGCGAGGCAUGCUCACCGGCGCGCUCACCUCGCUCGCCGAUCUUGGCCCCACCGACUGGCGCCUGUCGAACCCCCGCUUCCAGCCUGACACUUUCGCCGCGAACCUCAAGCUCGUCGAGGCGUUCAAGGCCAUCGCGGAGAAGAAGGGCGCGACGCCCGGCCAGGUCUGUCUCGCGUGGAUCAUCUCGCAGGGGUACGUGCCUAUCCCGGGAACCACCAAGAUCGACCGUGUGGUUGAGAACGCGGGGUCGGCGACUUUGACCCUGACCGAGGAGGAGAAGAAGUCGAUUCGCGAGUUUGUUGACGCCGCGGCCGAUGCUGUCGCUGGUGAUCGCUACCCCACCGACGGUGAUCUCUACGCCGACACCCCGGAGUUGUAGUUUACCCAAAAGUGCAUUCACGAUUCUCAUGU